GGCACUUCUUUUUCUCACAGCAGAGUUUGGAAUGGGUCAGAGAGAGUGCGCUUGAUGCGAUAGCUCUCUGUCAAGACGAAACAAAGAAAAUGACCUUUUAAUUUAUAAUGAUCAUUUUAAUUCGGACUUUUUAGUUAUAGGCGUCGACGUCAUGUGCGGUUCUGCAGCGUGUUUUUAUUCACCCUAAACAAAAUUGUUUAUGGACUGGUUGCUAACAAGCUAACCUUUUUUGUUUGUUAAGAGCGACUGCCGCCUGCAGUCCGAACACUGGCUGAAAUUUAUUUCUGAACUGCCCUCUGACAUCGCGAAAGUGUAAAAAUGGAGAUCAUCGAAACUGCAAGCGACGUCAGGCCUGUUAGCCCUGAGCUUGGAGCAGGCCCUGACUCGGUCCCCAGAGUUUCCAGGCCAGCUCUGCCCGAGAUUGGGCUGAGGGGCUCCCCCUGCAUCAAAAACCUCUUCUCCCCCGGAACUACCACUGUGCUGUCUCCUGUGACUAAUUUAACACUCAACAUGGACAAUCUCGCUGUUCUCGAAGGGCAAUGUGAAACACCCAAAAGGAAGAAAAUGGAGAAAAAUGUGCCCUUGCUGAAGAUUCCAUCAUUCGCUUCCGACACCUCUUCAGAUGCAGGACUGGGCCUGGACUCUCCCAGCCCUGUUGACUCAGUUGAAGCCGAACAGAGGUUUGAGCAGGCCAUACAAAAUGCUACAAGAGUGAUAAAUGAAAGAGUGCCAAUUCGCAGGAUUAACUCAUUGCCGCUGCAGUUGCUAGGUCUCAGUCCCAAUCUGAAGAGUAAAGAUUCUGAUAUGCCUCGCUAUGGUGUCUUUAGCCAGAGCUGCACACUCAGCUUUGAUAACAAGGAGAACCUGCAUGAUACAAGUUUUGAAUUUAAGAAGCCCACCAAGCCUGUUUCUCGCUGUCGAAUGCGUUCAGCUGGAGAGACAAAGGAAGCUUUUGCUAGCCGACCCAACUCUGCUCCUGCUCUUAUGCUUUCUCCUACCUCAUCUAAUCAGCUAGCCUCACCAGAUAGUGACAGUCCCUUCACACUGCAACGCACAUCGUUCACCAGCUUUCCUAAUGAUGACGAUGAUGGCUUUUUAGAUGUGCUUGAUGAUGUGGAGACUGACUCUGAGGUACCUAUGGGAAUGGCCAGUUUGCUCACAGCUCCUCUGGUUGCUGACCAAAGCUUAGACGUUACAGACUCGCCGGUUCGAUGUCGGCCUCGGGGGCUGUUUCGUUCACCAUCGAUGCCAACAGGAUGCCGUGCGCCACUUAAAAGACCAGAUAGGCCCAGAGAUGAGAACACUCCUGUACGUGUUAAGAGGAGGAGGAGUGUUGCUGGGUCGCACGUCACUGCCAUGGAGCAGGAGGAUGCUGUUCCCCAACAGGUUCAGCGCUCAAAAUCUUUUAAUCAUACAGAGAUAGAAAGACUGUUGGAUGCUGACCCCAGUAAUGUAAUUGGAGAUUUUACCAAGCCUCCUGCCUUGCCCACAGUGGAUGGAAAACACCAAGACUUGAAAUACAUCACUCCAGAAAUUAUGUGUGCAGCAAUGAACAGACAGUUCAGUGAUGUGGUGGAAAGGCUGUUCAUCAUUGACUGUCGUUAUCCAUAUGAGUAUGAUGGAGGGCACAUCAAGGGUGCUCUAAACUUACAUCAAGAAGACCAGGUUGAGGAGUGCUUUUUCAAACAGCCCAUUCUGUCAAACUGCCCUGAAAAACGUGUGCUGCUGGUGUUCCAUUGUGAGUUUUCUUCCGAACGUGGCCCACGAAUGUGUCGCUUUGUGCGCGAGAGAGAUCGUGUCCUCAAUGACUAUCCGAAUCUCCAUUACCCUGAAUUGUACAUACUAAAGGGAGGCUACAAAGACUUUUUUCGCCUACAUAAGAUGGAAUGUGAGCCCCAGGAAUACAGGCCGAUGAUUCAUGAGGACUUUAAGGAUGAUCUGAAGAAGUUUCGCCUUAAGAGUCGGACAUGGGCCGGAGAGCGCAGCAAAAGAGACAUGUACAGCCGCCUUAAAAAGCUCUGAGGCACAAACAUGCGCUCAGGUUUACUGCCUAAUCUCACUCACACUGUGUUCACAUGAUCAGUAUGUAACAGUGACCUAAUGAAUUAUAUAUAGUAUUGUGUUGGUCAACUGCCCAUGGUCAAAAAGCACACUUACUGCCGUAACUCAAUCACAUUUUACACCAUUUUACUAUCCCAGUGGAUUACUGCUGCUGGGUUUGUCACCCCUAUCUUCUCCCCCGUUUUAGCUGAAGACCUCAAAGCACUUACCUUUCUAGUGUUUAUGGUGAAGAGUGCUCCUUUAUUAUCUGAUGCAAACAUAAUCUUUGUCCCUGCCAAUCUAGGUCUGAGCCAUUUCUACAGUUGUAAUUACAGUUUGUAUUGGAACCAGCCAGUGUUUAAAUGUUCUUAUUCAAUAAUGUACAUUCCAAUAUGGGUCAAUAUCAGUGUAUUUUAAAGAAGGUAUUUAACUGUUUUGAAAGAUUUUAACAGUUAACUAUGAAUGACCAGUGCUGUUUAAUUGUUAGAAGGCCUGGGUGUUGGAGUAAUAGUGAAUGCAGUGUGUGGGUUACUUGGCCAUUUUGCACUGCCUUUUUUUUUUUUUUUUUUAAAUAUAAAUUUAUUUCUGAUGCUGAUCCUGUAUUUUGAUAUUUACUUUGGAAGCAUAAAAUAUUAUAGGUGGUGGGAGAAACCAUUUUUUAUAGAAACUGUCUAGAACUGCACUCACUCAGAGGGACAGACUUGGCUGAUUGCUGCUGGUCAGCGUGAGAUGACCUUAAUGUUCACCAAAAUGCCCAGCAAUAAACCUGCAUGUAACUUUAGGGCUUUUGUUUAUUUUUUAUUUUUUUUUUAAUAACAAAUUGUGUAAUUUCCCCCUUCCCUAAAUGCCAUGUGUAGCAUUCCUUAAAUGAGAAAUCUGUGUGUAAGAUGGUGUAUUGAGCCUCUGUGCUUUUGGCCAUGUUUGGUCCUGUGUGUGUGCAUGUGAUCUGAUCUGUUAACUGCAAUAACAAUGUGAUAUUGGGGGAAUAAACUACUUUCAUCUAUGCGUGCAAAU